AUGGGUUUGCAAGGUCCUGAUAUUGAAAAGAUCGUUCAUUUCCUCUCUAUAUGUAUCCUUGCAUUCAUCAAUGAAGGCUCUUCCUCUCUUUCUAGUAAUUUCAUAAAUUCACAAUGGUCAUGGGGUCUAAGUAUUCCAAUAAGCUUAUACUUCAAGUUUGCACUUGAGUUUCAUGCUCAUUUAGGAAUCUGUGUUGGGAUUGGAGUACCCUCUUUAGUUUAUUGGGGUGUAACUCGUGCCCCAAUAGAUUGGUAUUUGGGGACAGUCAUUCAUUUUAAUGUUGAAAUUAUGAAAACUGGUCUCUUUAACAUUGUCAUUGGUUUGUUACAUUUAUUUGUCUCGAAAUUAAUCCAUCGUUUAAUCGAGUGGAUAAACGAUCGUAAAAUUAAAGUAAAAAGGUUGUCUUUUCUUUUCCCCGCGAUGAAUUAUGAGAACGAAAAAUCAAACUUUUCUGGACCUUCUUUAAUUGGGCCAUUUACUACUAAUGAAAUACUUAUAAAGCUGGUUGAAGCACUUGUUUCUUUGUUUUUCAAUGGAAAUGUAUUGCUUUUAAGUUGGUGUUUUUCUGGACAGAUUUACACUCAUGAGGUAACAACAUCUGAUGAGAAAGUGUACAAGGUGGAAAAGAAUCAAAUUUGUUCAAUUGAUGACAAGAAAGGGUCUAAGGAUCAAGAACUUGUAAUUUGUUCGUUAGAAUGUUGA